UCAAACCUGCUCUUCUUUCUAUAAAUUUUUCUUCACUUUCAAUUCUUGGUACGUUAUUCAACGCAUUUCUCUUCCACCAAACCCACCCUUCGUAGUAGAUACGUACAAUGUUUCCAAGUUCCAACCAUGUUGUUCCACACAAACAGAAUAAACCUCUUCAUCAUUUUCCGUGCCACAACUCCUUGCUGAUCACUUUGUAACACUUUUUUUUUUUCCUUAAUGGCCACUUUAAAUUCAGCACCAUCCCUGUUGCGUUAUCCCUCUUGGAGAUGUUCGUCUUUGGCACCCCAUUUGAGUUUGGUCAAUUUAAGGAAACCCCAUCUGGGAUUUGAGUCCAAAAUCUCACAAGCAAAUUUGCUAUGGCAGAGGAAGAGGAAGAGCCAAUGGGGUGUGAGGUGCGCUGCGGAUGGCAUAGAUGGGGAAAUAUUUGUGGGAGAACGAGCAAGAGAAGAGGGUGUGGCUCUUAGCAUCCCGGAGAGGUUGAAGGUGGUGUCUUUGAUUGCAUGUGUCAUGUGUUUGUGUAAUGCUGAUCGUGUUGUCAUGUCUGUGGCUAUUGUUCCUCUUGCUGCAAAACAUGGGUGGUCCAAUGCUUUUCUUGGCAUUGUUCAGGUACUCCAUGAGUCAUCUUUUCUGUGGGGAUACAUAUUCUCUUCAGUGAUAGGAGGAGCUUUGGUUGAUAGAUUUGGAGGAAAGAGGGUGUUGGCAUGGGGUGUGUUUUUGUGGUCUUUGGCGACUAUUCUCACACCUUUGGCAGCCAACCACUCCACAGUUAGCUUGUUGGCUAUUCGCGCUUUCUUUGGUUUAGCUGAAGGAGUGGCUUUUCCAUCCAUGAGCACUCUCUUAUCAAGGUGGUUUCCAACUAAUGAGAGGGCAAGUGCACUUGGAAUAUCAAUGGCUGGAUUUCAUCUAGGCAAUGUUGUAGGCUUGUUGCUUACACCAAUUAUGUUGUCCACUGUGGGAAUUUUAGGUCCUUUCAUCUUAUUCUCAUGCCUUGGAUUGCUAUGGGUGAUGACAUGGACAUAUCGAGUUACUGAUGAUCCUAUGGAAAGUAAUUUCGUCAGCAGAUCAGAACAAAGGCUAAUUCAAGCUGGAAAAACUGGUUCUUCAAACAAAAGUAGCAAGUUUCCUCCCAUAGGCCUUCUGCUAUCAAAACUACCAUCAUGGGCUAUAAUAUUUGCCAAUGCAACUAACAACUGGGGGUACUUUGUUCUCCUCUCAUGGAUGCCAGUUUAUUUCAAAAGUGUAUAUAAUGUGAACCUGAAGCAGGCAGCUUGGUUUAGCGCGGUUCCAUGGGGAACAAUGGCUAUUUCAGGUUAUCUAGCUGGUGUUGCAUCAGAUUUCUUAAUCAAUGCAGGGUACCCCACAAUAUUUGUCCGGAAGUUCAUGCAGACCAUUGGAUUUGUGGGGCCCGCUGUGACCUUGCUCUGCUUGAAUUAUGCAAACACACCCUCAAUUGCAGCAACACUCAUGACUAUUGCUUUGAGCCUAAGUUCUUUCAGCCAGGCUGGCUAUAUGCUCAACAUACAAGAUAUUGCUCCUCAGUAUGCAGGAAUUCUACAUGGAAUCUCAAAUUCUGCUGGAACUAUAGCAGCUAUCAUAAGCACAAUUGGGACUGGUUAUUUUGUACAGUGGCUGGGAUCAUUUCAGGCAUUCUUAACUGUAACAGCAGGUCUCUAUUUUGUGACAACCAUUUUUUGGAAUCUUUUUGCCACAGGCGAGCAAGUCUUGUGAUCUUUUUCCCUUCAAAAAAGCAAGGAAAAUUAAGAAUUUGAAAAUGAGUAUGUUAUACAAUAGAUGAAUGAAAAGUAAAAGCAAGGGAGAUUAUGAAUUUUAAAGUCUGAGUUAUCUUAUACUACAAGAAAUGUUAGAUGUGGUAUAGAAAAAAAUACUAUUAUUAUUAUUAUUAUUAUUCCUUCUUUUUUCUUACAUUAAGGAAAAUUGUAAUAUUUUCAGCCCGAUCAAACCGUUGGUUGGCCCCAUUUGGAUCUAAAAAAAAGUGAGAAAAUUGUAUGGGAAA